AUGGAGGUGGAGGCCGGAGCCACCGUCACCUUCUCGGAGAACGCGUAUCGAAUCCGGAGAUAUCAAGCUCCGUCCAGGCUGACUUUGAACGAUGACCGGAUCCGUGGACGAAAAUCGCCGACCGCUGCUCUUCGAGCCUCAACUCCACACCCUUCACCUCCACCUCUACCUCCACCUCCAGCUCCGUCGCGUACCCUUUCUCCUUCCGUCCCCGUCCCCUCGCCUCCCGGGCCCUCGGCGCUCGCCGCCGCCGCCGCCUUCCCGGCGGCGGGACCCCUGAUCGACGACGAGACGGGCGAGCGUUUCAUCGUCUGGGGCGGCAGCGACGACCCGGUCGACUCCCCGGCUCCGCCCGAGGACGUCCUCCGGUGGAAGCCCGCGAGGAAGAGCGGCGGCGGCGGCGGCGGUUCUAGUGGAGGUGAUGCUUCGCUGCGAAUUGAGUCUUUGGUCAUGUGGAUGAUUGGGUAG